UGUUUUGUCACACAAAAUUCUGACGCUUGGAAUUUUUUUUAGAGCGCCGGCGAGUUGGAUUUAUUUUCUUUGUGAAAUAAUCAAGUGAAAAGUUGCGGAAAAGCCGUGAAAAGUGUACAGUGUGGUAGGGGAAAGUACAGAGAAGUGAUUUAGAAAAGAGUGACAAUGGCUGAAAAUCCAGAGGGCAACAUCAUCAAACUCCGGGGAUUACCGUGGAAUGUGACCGUGAAGGAGAUCAGUGAAUUCCUGGGUAAGGUUGAGACGGUCAACGGGGAGAAUGGGAUUCACCUUGUUACCUCCCCACGCGACGGGCGUCCCAACGGGGAGGCUUUCGUGGAAUGCGCCAGCGAAAAGGAUUUCAAUUUGGCUUUUGAGUAUAACAAGAACGUCAUGGGGCAUCGCUACAUUGAAAGUAUGGAACCGGCGGAUAUUUUGGAAUUCAUGGAGUUCAUGGGGAAUAAAUUGAGCCUUGAUAGUCCAUCUGAAGAAGCGGGAAAUGUGAAUUCAACUGCCGGGAAAAACGGCGCCGUAUCCGGAGCCGAAAAUACUUCCGGGAAUGUUGAAUUCACAAAUGAGAAUGAAGCUAACAAAGAUGGGAAAACUGCCAUUGAGGCUGUAACCUUAGACGGCAGUAAGGCGGACGUAGAAGAAGCCAGAACUUUACCUGAUGCCGUCUUGACUGAUUCUGGUGCAUCCGGAACAAUGGGUGAGGAGAAGGAUGCUAAAGACAUUGAGAAAGUCCCUGCAGAUAAUACAGAAAAUGUCGAAGAGAAGAUAGAAGACGGAAAAGAUUCAGAGGGAAAGACAGAUGAAAAGACUGAAGAGAAAAAGGAUGAAAAGUCCGAGGAAAAGAAGAAAGAAGAAGGAGCUGAAGGUGCAACAAAAAAGCCCAAAUUGUCAAAGACGGCAAAACGAAGGGAAGAGCGCAAAAGGCAGCAUAUGAGGCUGGCAAAGUUAGCUCUUAGACAGGGCUUUUCCUUCUACUCACCUUACGUUGAUUACAAUGAGCUUUUCGCGGCAAAACCCGAUGAAUUUGAAACUGUUAUGCGAAAACAAUGUGUUGUCCAGGCUGAUACAUUUGUAAAACUCCGUGGGUUACCCUACAGUGUCUCACCCGGGGAAAUUGAGACAUUCUUCGAAGGGUUGGAGCUAAAGCAGGACCGAGGCGGUAUUCAUAUUGUGAUGGACAACCGGGGGCGCGCAACGGGUGAAGCGUUUGUACAAUUCGUUAAUCCGGAUGACACUGAGAAGGCUCUGAAGAAAAAUCGGGAGAAAAUUGGGCACAGGUACAUCGAAAUCUUCCGGAGUUCAGCAUCUGAAUUUCGCCGGAGUACAUUCAAUAGCAAUCGACCUGGGCCGUACGACAGAACUGAUAGGGGUGGACUACGCAUGGGCUUCGGAGGUGGUGGUGGUUUAGGCAUGAUGCGCAACAGUCGUAACUUCAAAGGUGGCGACAGAAACAUUCCACCUUAUCCUCCGUAUUUAGAUGACGGACCCGGUGGCUGGAAGAAUCGCCCAUUCGAUGGAUUCGGUGGGAAUAACUUCAAUGGCGGAAGUGGUCCAAAUGGCGGUGGGGGCGGCGGUGGUGGUGGUGGGGGCUUUGGUAACUUUGGCGGCUAUGGUGGCGAUGGCGGUGGCAGCGGGAAUUUUGGCGGCAAUGGGAAUUUCAGCAACUUUGGCGGCAACGGCGGCGGUGGCUUUGGGGGCAAUAGUGGCGGCGGAGGCGGCGGCGGUGGCAAUGGCGGUGGAAACUUUGGACCCGGAGGUAAUUUCCUCGGUAGCAACUUUAGCAAUUUUGGGACUCCAGGCCCUAACUUUAUAGCUCGAAAUGGGCCAGGAGGCGGUGCUGGUGGUGGCUUUGGCGCUGGGGGUGGCUUCAACGGUGGCGCCGGCGGUGGUGGGGGCAACUUCAACAUGGGCAACCGCAAUGGCAACUGGGCUGACGGCGAUGACGGCGGCGAGGGUGGCGGAGAGGAGUACUGUGUCCACUUGAGGGGGAUGCCCUACUACUGCGACGAGCAGGAUAUCUACAAGUUCUUUGCACCGCUCAAGCCAAUCAAUUGUCAGGUCAUCUACAACAGUCGUGGGCUUCAUUCCGGUGAGGCGGAUGCCCUUUUUGCUACUCAAGCUGAGGCCAUGGCGGCAAUGUCGAAGCAUAAGGAGAAAAUGGGUUUCCGCUACAUUGAAUUAUUCUACAAUGCUACAAACAAUGCUCGUAAGCGCGACAGAAGAUUCUAAAUGGAGGGUGAUGCAUGGACGAUGAACGACAACCCCGUCAAAAUUUAAGGGGAAAUGUUAUUGGAAAAAAAAAGUGUGAGAACCAAUAACGAACUUUUCCUCUUCAACUUGGCGUAAUAAAGUUAAGGAAAUAGAAGAGAAAAAAAAACAACAAGAAUAAGAAUAAAAAAAAGUGUGGAUGUGUAAUUGUAAUUCAUUUUAUAGGAUAUAAGGUGAGAUAUUUUUUCAUUAUUCAUUUCCUAAGUUUUUUUUUAAAACAAUAAUAACAGAUUUUAGCAUAGAAAGAAAAGAUAAAGAAAUAACCCGAAGAAGAAUUUUAAUCCAACAAAUACAAAUUUAAUAUUAUUAUUAAAAGAAUAAGAUUUGAAAAACAAAUAGAAGUGGAAUAGAAUUUUCCACGAAUAUUUCUUUAUUUUCACCUUUUUACUCACAAAAUGAAUAAAAAAAAAUUAGAAAAUUUUGAUAGUUAAGAGAGAUUAAGGAGAAGAAAAUCAUUCACAAAAUAUUAAAUUAUUAAAUAAAAAAAAACUUUCGGAGCGACCAAAUUUGUCGCUUUAUGCAUGAAAUUCCUCAAUUGGGGAGGAAGAAAAGCAUUGCGGGAUAAAUUAAAUUACAAAAACAAAUGUUUUAUGAUCUAUUUUGUCUGGGAAAAUCAUGCAAAUGACGUAAAAGAAUAAAAAAAAAUUAAAGAUAAAUUACCAUGUAAUUUUUUUUUAUUUAAACUUCCUUUAAAGCAAAUUCUUCAUACGUAAUGAAUUUUAUCUGCUGAUUAAGAUACUAAAUUAGUCCGAAUGCUGGGGUUGAUUUCUUUUAUAAGUGAGGGAUUGAUAUGUUUGAGGUUUAGUUUUUUUUUUAGAAUUAAAAAUCUUAUCCCAAUGUAAUUUGGUAACUUAAUAAAAAAAAAUUAAUCAUAGAA